AUGGCUUAUUCAGAAGCUUGCUUCAAGACCUACUGCUGUCUGAGUUUCUUCUUCAAUUACCUUGACCGUCAAGCAUUUGCAAACGCCUACGUUGCUGGCCUCCAAGAAGCCGUGAACCUACAGGGCACCGACUACAAUGUGCUGCUAGCCAUGACCACUGCCGGUUAUGUCCUUGGCCAGAUUCCGCACGGCAUAGUCAUCCAAGUCGUGGCGCCACGAAUCUGGUUCCCUUCCAUGGUUGUUGUCUGGGCUAUCUUGACCAUGGUCAGUGCCGCCGCCAAAUCCUACGUCCAGCUAUGCGUGAUCCGCUUCUUCCUCGGCCUAGUCGAGGCCUCGACAUAUUGUGGCGCCAUCUACUGCAUUGGUUGCUGGUAUAAGCCUCGCGAAAUCGCCAAGAGAACGGCCCUUUUCACGGCUUCUGGACAAGCCGGAUCCAUGUUUGCGGGCUUGAUGAUGACCGCCAUCUACAAGGGCAUGAAUGGCCUUGCUGGACUCGCAGGCUGGCAGUGGGUGUUCAUCAUCGAUGGCAUCAUCACACUGCCCAUCGCCAUCAUGGGAUUCCUCUACUUUCCCGACCUCCCCGAGAAGACCAAAGCCCCAUGGCUCACCUCUGCUGAAAAGCAGCUCGCUCUCGAACGAUUGCCUCCAAAGCGCGAGGACGGCCACAACAUCAACCCAUGGUCUCUGGCAAAGCGCACUUUCACCAUGCCAGCCCUCUACAUCCUCGUACCCUUCGCCAUCGUCUGCUCGGUUCUCGAAGCUUAUAGCGUACAGAACCUGUACCUGCUUUGGCUGAAAUUCCAAUCCAGCCUUGGAUUCUUCACACAGGCUCAAGUCAACACUUACCCAUUAGGUAUCCAGGCGGUGGGCAUUGUAUCCAAUCUCCUGGGCGCUGUCUACAUUGACGCCACUGGUCGCCGUGUCCCCAUGGGUGUCGUGGCAGUCACGCUACAGCUCGUGGCGACGAUCCUGCUCAUCAUUCCCAACAUGCCAUGGGCCGCGACCAUGUUCGCCUACUACCUGGCCGGCUCGGCAUACAUGGUGAACUCGCUGCUUUUCGGCUGGGCAAAUGUCAUUUGCCAGCGCGGCGGCGACGACGCCCUCCGCAGCAUCAUCCUCACUUCAAUGAAUGCCUUUUCGCAGAUCCCCUACACGUUCUGGGGCAUCCUGCUGUUCCCGGCAAACAAGGUGCCUUACUGGCGUGACGGCUACAUCAGCAUGUUUGUGGUCAUGGCUAUCAUGCUUGGCCUUCUCUGGGUCGUGCUUUGGCUUGACCGGCGCACUGCAAAGGAGCAUCCAGAUGCAGCGGCUUAUGACACGGCCGAGGUUGUGGUCGCUGUUGGCGGCGAGAAGCCCCAGUACAUCAAGUCCAUGCCCAAGGUGGAAUUCCAAAGGGAGAACAGCGCCGUUUAGUCACACAGCGAAGCAGCUUGUGAUGCACAUGAUAUUGCUAUAGCUAAAUGUCUGGAUACAAACCCGAACUUGGUGCCUGAAUAGUACGACAGUCACGUAUGUCGUUCCAAGAGCCCCGGCGACUUUUCCAGGACCUGAGGAGAACCGAGUGCAGCACAGGAAGGAAAAGCGGCACUGACCCCGUUAUUGAAUAAGAAUAGAAAAAGGGAGGAAUUAAGAAAGAAAGCAAGAAGCAAACACCAAAAGGAUUAGAGCAUCUUUCAAGAUAGGACCGUUUCAGAAUAGAGACUGAGG